AUGCUUUCCAUCAGAUCCAUCGCGCGCUCUGCGCCCAGAACUCUUACCCGCAUCUCUGCGGCCUCCCUCAGACAAGCUGCUCGCCCGAGCGCAUUUGUUAAGGCUUCCUCAUGGAGCGGCGUUCAGCGCGCAUCUGCCUUCUCCAGCUCUGCCUUCAGGAAAGCCGCUUCUGGUGAGACCGAUGCCGAGCUCGUCGCCAAGCUUGAAAGCGAGCUUCAGUUUGAGGACGAGGUCAAGCAGAACGAGCAGCUCCCCGCCAGCGUCAAGGACUUCAUCGACAACAGCCCCUUUGAGCUCCACGACACCCCUGGCAAGGAGGAGGUCAAGCUUACUCGCAAGUUUGGCGAGGAGAAGAUCACCAUUACUUUCUCCAUCGCUGACCUCGCCAACUACGACCCCGAGAUGUACGACCAGGACCGCGCCCUGGAGGACGAGUACGACCCUUCUGAAGUCCAGAACUCCAACAAGCAGGCCGGCGUCCAGUCUACCGGUGGCGCCCGCUCUGCCCCCGCCGAGGAGGAGAUCGAGGAGGAGAGCGAGAUGGACGAGGCUGCUCCCCCUUGCCGCCUGAGCAUCGUUGUUGAGAAGCCCGGCAAGACCCCUGGAGCCCUCAACAUUGAUGCCACCGCCCAGGACGGCGCUAUUGUUGUCGACAACAUGUUCUACUACGAGGACGGCAAGCUUGCCCACGCCGCCUCCGCCGAGGUCGCCCACGCCCGUGGCGAUGUCUACCCCGGCCCCCCCUUCGGCAGCCUCGACGAGGACCUGCAGAUCCUGAUGGAGCGCUACCUUGAGGAGCGUGGCAUCACACAGGCCCUGGCUGUCUUCGCCCCCGACUACAUCGACGUCAAGGAGCAGCGCGAGUACGUCCGUUGGUUGAACAACGUCAAGGGCUUUGUCAACGCCUAA